AUGAUGGAUAACAACAGAUGGAGUCUUCAAGGUAUGACUGCUCUUGUGACCGGUGGAGCCAGUGGAAUCGGGUUUGCCAUAGUAGAGGAGUUAGCUAGUUUUGGAGCUAGAAUCCAUGUAUGUGACAUAUCUGAAUCUUUGCUCAAUCAAAGUUUAAGCGAAUGGAAAAAGAAAGGGUUUCAAGUGAGUGGUUCACUAUGUGAUGUAUCCUCUCGUCCAGAGAGAGAAACACUUAUGCAAACUGUCUCCUCGUUGUUUGGUGGCAAGCUCAACAUUCUAGUAAACAAUGUAGGGGGAGUCCGCUACAAGCCAGCAAUAGAAUAUACAGCUGAAGAUUUCUCGUUUCAUAUAUCAACAAACUUGGAGUCUGGUUAUCAUCUUAGCCAGCUUUCACAUCCUCUCCUAAAAGCUUCAGGAUCUGGAAGCAUUGUCUUCAUUUCCUCUGCUGCAGGGGUUGUUUCAGCACCCUCUAUAUCCAUCUAUAGUGCAACCAAAGGAGCUUUGAAUCAAUUGGCUAGAAACUUGGCAUGUGAAUGGGCAAGAGAUGGGAUAAGGGCCAACGCCGUUGCUCCUAAUUUUAUCAAUACUGCUCUAUCUCAACCUUAUCUUGAUGACCCCGGUUUGAAGGAGAGCUUGUUCAGUAGAACUCCACUUGGUCGUGCGGGAGAACCGGAGGAAGUUGCAUCACUAGUGGUUUUCUUGUGUCUACCAGCAGCUUCGUAUAUAACAGGUCAAACUAUUUGUGUUGAUGGAGGUCUCACUGUCAACGGCUUCUCCUAUAUAUUACAGGCUUGA